CCCUCACUCUGCUUGCCCCCCUCGCCGCUCAUCCCGCCUGCCCAGCAUGACCUACUCGACCCGAGUCGUCGGAGCCCCCAAUACCCUCGAGUACCGUGUGUACUUUGAAAACGAGCAGAAGGAGCUGGUCUCGCCCUUCCACGACAUCCCUCUCUACGCCAAUGCCGAGAAGACCAUCCUGAACAUGGUUGUCGAGAUCCCGAGAUGGACCAACGCCAAGCUCGAGAUCUCAAAGGAGGACACCUUCAACCCCAUCAAGCAGGAUACCAAGAAGGGCAAGCUCCGCUUUGUCAAGAACUGCUUCCCGCACCAUGGCUACAUCUGGAACUAUGGAGCCCUUCCCCAGACUUGGGAAGAUCCCAACCAUAUCAACCCAGAUACCCAGGCCAAGGGCGACAACGACCCGGUCGAUGUCUGUGAGAUCGGCGAGCGCGUUGGCACUGUGGGCCAGGUCAAGCAAGUCAAGGUCCUGGGUACCCUCGCUCUGUUGGACGAAGGCGAAACGGACUGGAAGGUUAUUGUGAUCGACGUCAACGACCCCUCUGCUCACCUCGUCAACGACAUUGCCGACGUCGAGAAGCACUUCCCGGGUCUGCUUCACGCCACUCACCAGUGGUUCAAGAUCUACAAGAUGCCCGAUGACAAGCCUCCGAACGAAUUUGCCUUUGGCGGCAAGGCCAAGGACGCCGCUUAUGCCAGGCGCAUCAUCGAAGAGACCCACGAGGCCUGGAAGAGCCUCGUUUCCCACGCGACCGAAAACACUACCGGCAUCGCUCUUGCCAACGUGAAUGUUGCCGAGAGCACCGACCGUGUCCAGGCCAGCGACGCCCUUGCUGUUCCCAGCGACUCUGCUCUGCCGGCUGCCGCCAUCGAUCCAGUUGUCGACAGAUGGUACUUCAUUCCCCUGCCCGAGACCCUUGUCUCUCCUGUCGAGGUCUACCUCAAGCCUGCUUUCGAGGCGGUGACAGGCCUCGUGGCCUCGCUGCAGGGCAUGGUUCGCAGCUGGUCGCAGCAGUCCAAGAGCCAUUGAUAGGCUCUCUCGUCGACGUUGCUUCGUCCGAGCAACGGCAUAUCCCAAGAGGCCAGCGUGCAGGUCUAUAGAAUACGCAGGCACAUCAACCUGCCUUGGUUUCCUCCUGUCGGUCAAUAGAGACAGUCGCUGUCUCCCCCUGCAAC